UUUCUGAACCUAAAACCCCAACAAAGCCUUUUACCCUCAUCUCAUUUCCCUUUUACAAUUAUGGCCACUUUCGCCGCCAGGUCCUUCCUCCGCUCCGCCGCCACCUCCGGCCGAUCAGCAGCAACCACCAGAAUUGCCUCCGGCGCCAAGCCAAAGACCUCUCCAUUCCGCAUACCAACUCAAAAACCAGUCACUGCUCGCAUUUUCAGGUCGCCGGUAGAAAUGAGUUGUGUUAGAGUGGAAUCGAUGUUUCCAUUUCAUACUGCAACUGCCUCAGCAUUACUCACUUCAAUGUUAUCUGCUACUCCUCGGAGCUAUGGUUGGACUCUUGAAGGGCUGUGAUUACAUGCUCAUUGGCUUCCUUUUCGGCUUCAAGAUUUUGUAACAAUCAAUCUAUGAACUUCAAUAAAACUUCGUUGAACGUAGUGUUUAGAAUCAUAUUGAUGCCUUCUGCUUCUCUUGUUUUUUGCCAACUUCUGUUGUUUUACGAGUAAUUUGUCUAUCUCUGUUGCCUUCCCGUAAGUGUUUCUUCUGUUCUUGGAUUGUAGAUGGAUGAUUGUGUUAUGCAGUGCAUGUCUUCAUAGUUCAACGGAUAUCGAUGGACAAUGUAACAUUAAGAACCCCAGAAAUCUUCUCCAUUUUCUGUUUGAAUUUUGGAGCUAAACUUUUUUGUAUUCUUUGCCAUCAUAGAGUAGGACUACAUAAGCAAUUAUCCUU